ACUGAGUGCUCAUUGACCUUGUGGUAUGUGUCCAAAAGGCAGCGGUCAUUUUCGUGUCUCUAAAUAAAAUGGAUAAGAUAUUGCGUCUUGUCUCUCAACGUUCGAAACUACCGAAUGGUAUUGACGAAGUUGAGAAGUCGGUCUCAUCAUUUCAACCGCUUACUUUAUCUAAACAAACAAGUAAUAGCUCCGUCGAUUCACCGAAUCCAACUCGAGAUCCACAUGUUAUGCAAGAGUUGAUCAAUAAUGUUGAAGAUGUUUAUUAUUCAAUGACAUUUGACUCUGGAAAAUAUGAAAUUGAAAAUAUUGCUGGACCAAAUUGUCGUGAAUUAUCCAAAUUAAAAUUACGUCUUUUAGCGUUGGAUCGUCAAAAUAAAGCUGUAUCUAGACGUGUUUCUGAAUUGGUUCUAGAAAAGCAUCCACAAUAUGAAGCGGAAUUGAAAGGUGUUUUAUCAUUACAAUCAGAUAACUGGGAAACAUUGUGCAUGUGUCGAGAAAUUAGAAACUCAUUAAAACAAGCUGACAAAACAUUGGUCUUAUCACGAUUAAUUGUUUUACGUAAUCACCGUAGACAAUUAAGGCUGAAACAAACACUAAACAUUUUAUUUCGAUUGCGUAAUCUACAAAAUAAUGUUCACCGGCUUGAUACACUCAUUAAACAAGGUGACUUUUAUGAUGCUAUUCAACUACAUCGUGAAAGUCUUGUCCUUUUGGAAGAUUUCCGUUCAUACCGGUGUAUUGAAUCCAUACAUAGCAAGUUGAAAGCAUCAGAAUUACGUAUUGAUGAGAAAUUAGAUUCAGAAUUACAAAGAAGCUGUGAACAUUUUGACGAGAAAUCAUACUCAACUGUUCAGCGUGCAUUUGAAUUACUAGGAAGUACUCAGACGACAUUUGCUCAAUUACAAAUGCAUUAUGUAGCAGCUAUACAACGUAAAUCAUUCUAUCUCGUUCAAUUUCAUGUGCAUUCAGCAUCUCAGCCAGAUACAUCUGGGAAUAAGAUAAUUACUGAUCAUUCUUAUCCAGAAUUAUGUCAACAACUUCCACAUUGGACUUUACUACGGUGUUUGAGAUCGAUUUGUCAAAAUAUGUGGGAAAUUCUAUUAUGUUAUCAUCGUACAAUUCAAUGGCAUAAAAAUCGAGCGUCUGGCAAAAGUUCAUCUGAAACAUAUCCGUCUGCAUCUAGUCACACCAAACAUAAAUCAUUUACUUCAAAUUCUCUACUUAAUAAUUCCAAAUAUCAUAAACCGAAAUUAAAAGUUGACAAUAUCAAUCGUGAUGAUAUUGUUGUCACUACUGAAAUUGAUCAAGACAAUAAUACAGUGACAAAAUCAUCCGUUAUCAUAAAUAAUGAUCAUGGUUGUGAUCCACAAUUGGCCAGACAGUGGCAUGAUUAUGUUACGUGUAAAUUAGAUUCUGGUCGGUCACGUAUAUGGUCAGAAAUUAUUUCACGUAUUGAACCAAUUUUAAAUGUUGUCAGUCAACUUGCCAGAGAUAUGACAUUUGAUGAGAUUGCUUCAUUAUUAUCUACUAUUAAUCAUUUUGUACAUAUAGGUGAAGAAUUUUGUGAAUGUUCACCGAAUGAACUACUGGAGGCUUUACGAAUUUCAAUUCAAAAAUAUUUUAAAGACUUCCAUCGAAAGCAUAUGGACCGACUUAAAAUGUUUUUAGAAAACGAAACGUGGAAAAUAUGUCCUGUCAAGAAUUCAUUCACUGUAAUGGAUCUUCAGGAAUUCAGAGCAGUAAAAGAUUUAUUUGAAAGUAAUACAGCUAACAACAAUAUUACUAAUAAUAGCAACUGCACUAAUGCUAAUAAAAGCAUUACAGUUAAUGGGUUAAGCAAAGUCUCAGAUAGCAAUAAUAAUAAUAAUUCAACGAUAACCGUUUCGAAACUACAGAAUAAAAAGUUAUUCGCCUUCCCUUAUACCUUUGUGCAAUUCCCUGAGGAUCCCGAGAAUAGUAAUAAUAAUGAUAACAUUAAUGACAAUGGUGUUAGUAGUGACAAUAAUCUUGGUCAAACUGAAACUAACUCCCCUGAUUUAACGAAUUUAUCGUCAGCAUCAAACGAUAUUAUGGCUACACAAAGGUCAAAUACAAAGUUUUCUCCCAAUAAUACUGAUCAUAAUCGUGGUGAUAAUGAUAUUCAUGGUAAUGUUAAUAAUAAUGCCAAGUUUAUUACCAUUUCACAAAACAAUUUCUCUAAUGAUACAUCGUUUUCAAAUGAUCAUAGUGGGCCACUUUUAUCAACAACUACAUUAGAAGUGCUUCGUUUGAUCGGUCGUUACUUGCAAAUGAUGAGACUUUUAAAGCCGAUUGCUGGUGAAGUAAUGCAUUGUCUAUGUCAAGUAUUUGAUUAUUAUUUGUACUCUAUUCUUAAUCUAUUUGGUCCUAUUCAAAUAUCAAAUUCAUCUGAAUUUCCAGAACGUUUACGGACAACAAUAAAACGUAUCAAUGAACGUUUAAUAACAACUGAUAAUCAUCAAAGUAUUUUAACCGGGGAUCGAUUUUCCCUUCCUUUACAUGGACCUAUUGAAUUAUUGCAUACAUUAAAUCCUACUGACAAUAAUCCGACAAUCGGAGAUGAUAAUAUUAAUAAACGUGAACACCAAUUAAUACAAAUUUACGUCGUCGCAGUUGAGUCAGUUAUUUUCCUGGCAGACAUUUUAGAGACAGUAAGUUCAUCAUUAUAAUAUUUAUUUCUAUGAACAUGUCACUUUGAUUAUUGUUUGCGAUAGAGAACGACCGUGAAUUAAGUUUUGAUAGAAUUCGAUGUUAUUAGGUGACAUAUGACCUGGAAGAAUUUUUACUUUAAAUCCGCUUUUAAUGUUUCGCUUGGAUAACUAUCUAUCAUAGAUUAAAUCACGCAUUGACCUUUGUUGGAUUACUAUUGAAAACCUUGAAGCACGUCAGAUAGCUGUCUUGGCCUAGUGUGGGAAUCCUCAGAAGUGUGGAUCCGCGGCUCCGCCCCUAGAUAUCGAACUCAGGACCUUCACUAUCGCACACGAGAUCAUAGCCCUUAGUUCACCGAACUAAAAUCCAGUGGUGUAUAUGUAUAUCCAUCAGUCAAUCUAAGUAUUUCUGACGAUUUGUCACUUAAAUGUGUGUCUGUUCAUAGGUUGUGGUAUUACACAAAUAUGUGCUUGGUAAACGAGCUACUCAAAGACAGGGUUAAUACUGCUUUUUCCUAUUUACUUUUUACGAAGGAAGUCAAACCAAUGCAUACUUAGUAGUUAUUUAAGUGAUUAUUAUUAUUAAUUGUUCUGAAUGUCAAAAACUUCUACAUACAUAUCAGUAAUGUAUUGUUUUAAGAAAACAAAAGCAAAAGUAAUACACUUUCGGGUAAUAUAUCCUUUCAGGUUCUUCUUCCGCAUUUAACAGCAUGUCUUCCAGAUAAUAAACGUGGUCUAGCACUUGUAUUUCGUGAACAGUCUUUGAUGGCAGCAAGACAAAUCCGCGAACCAUGUGCAAACGAACUGGCACCACAUUUGCUGAAUAUCAUAAUCGCAAAGUAAGUUGGUCGUGUGUGAAUUAUAUUUAUGUAUCACGAACAAUGUGAGUUUGGAUUUUUUCACUUCCCAAUUCUACACACCAUAAAAUGAUACUCAUUUCUGAGGUACCUGGAGGAGAAACUGAACUACUGCUUCUGACCUUAGUAGCUCAGAAGCGUCACAAAAGUAGUAUCCAAGGUACAACUAUGUGAAGGUCAUCACACGGAGAACAUUUUGAGAGUUCUAGAGGUGCGUUAGCCUGAACUCGGACGACGAAAAUUCGUGCAGUAAGUUUUGUUAUUUUCAGGACCUAUUUUUUCUAUUUUUAUUUGUUAUGUGAAGACAAUAACAUCUCUGGUGAUACAAUAUUAUCCGAAGGAAAUUCCUUACCGGCGUCACAACCUAGUAUAGUCAGUCGUAAAAAUCCACCAACGUGCCUCAAUUAUUUUUUUUAGUUUUAACAUUCUCCAACUGAAUUUCCGUGUAUGGUAGGACUCAAACAAACAGGAGUUCCAUCCAAUUAGCUGGAUUUUGUCACUAUGAUAUAUAUAACUAAACGUUUUGUUGACUUAAAUGGUUUCAAAAUAAGUUUGACCAUCUAUAUAAAAAACGGGACUAAUCCACUCUUACUUGGGAUUAUUCUAACCAUAUAGCUAUCUGUAACUAACAAGAACUAUUUACUAGCCAAAUUUAUCAAAGAUUUAAAUUCGAAUUGUUAUAAUCAUAAAAAAUUUGUUUUUAUAUCGCUUUAGAAUGACUGGUGUGGCAACAAAAAAUUGUAAGCAGUUAACAGCAACAAAUAGUGCAUCGAUUACUUCAAGUUUCAGUAAAAUAUGGCCAAUAGGAUCCAAUACAAAUCAGCAACAACAAACUAUCGACAAAGAACCAUCUAUUCCAAAUAAUAAUAACAGUACAAGCUCACCAUCUCCAUCAUCAGUACAUAACAACUUAAUUGUAUCAACUUCUUCCGAUUCAAUUGAAAUAUUAACUAUGCAUAUAUGUGCAAUGAAUUGGUCAACUAAAGAAGUGGCUAACACACCAAAUCCAUAUGUUUAUGAUAUAAAUAUUAAUGUAUUUCAUCCUUUAUCAUUAAUUUUACAGAACAUAUCAAAAGAAUUUCAUUUACAAGACCAUGUAUUUAUGAUUGUUAUUUGGAAAGCAUUAUUAUCUUGUUUGGCAUCACAAUUACUUGAAGCUUUAAGUCGUGUACAACAAUGUUCAGAUGAAGGACGUGGUCAAAUGUUAUUAGACAUACAAACUUUAGCUGUAUACGCUCAAUCCGCUAGUAAAAUACGGUCAUUUCCUAGACUGGAUUAUGUAAUUGAGUAUAUUCAGGCAUUCUACAUACCUAUACACGAAUGGGAGCAUUGGUUAACUAACUAUGGGACUAAAUAUUCACGAUCUCAGUUAACUGGACUUGCAUCAUGUCUUUCACGAUCUGAUAAACGUCAGUAUCAACGACUUAUAAACACAAUAAAUCAAAUUUACAAUACAACAAAUCAAACGAAUUCAUUUGGAAAUGGUUUGUUGACCACUACGACGAGUUGAAAACUCAUAUAGCGUUUUAUAGAACAUUUUAUUUUGUAUGUAUAUAAUAUUUAUACGCG